UUCCUCCUGCUUGAGGGUAGUGCAGCCUGGUCUUACAGCACUUCUCCAAAACUCAUGAAUUACAGCGAUGCAAGUGCGUACUGUCAGAAAUGGUACACACACCUAGUCGCAAUCCAAAACAGAGAAGAGAAUGACUACUUGAAUUCCAUAUUAAACUAUACAUCACGUUACUACUGGAUUGGAAUCAGAAAAGUCAAUGAAGUGUGGACUUGGGAAGGAACCAAUAAGCCUCUGACAGAAGAGGCUGAGAACUGGGCCCCCGGAGAACCAAACAAUAAGCGAAAGAAUGAGGACUGCGUGGAGAUCUACAUCAAGAGGGAGAAGGACACUGGCAAGUGGAAUGAUGAGAGUUGCAGCAAAAAGAAGCGUGCCUUGUGCUACACAGCUACCUGUACCAACACAUCCUGCAGUGGUCAUGGGGAAUGUGUGGAGACCAUUAAUAACUACACUUGCAAGUGUGACCCUGGUUUCAGUGGACUCAACUGUGAACAAAUUGUGACCUGUGAACAACAGAGGGACCCUGAACAUGGGAGCCUGUCUUGUACCCAUCCUUUGGGGAACUUCAGCUACAAUUCUUCCUGCUCUGUCGCCUGUGAUGAGGGUUACCUGCCCAACAACAUGGAGGCCACUUGGUGCACCUCCUCUGGCGAGUGGAGUGCCCCCACCCCGGCCUGCAAUGUGGUUGAGUGUGAGGCUUUGACAAGUCCUGCCAACGGAACUGUGGAAUGUUUCCCAAUGGCUGGAAGCUUGGUGUGGAACACGACCUGUGCAUUUGACUGUGAAGAAGGAUUUGAACUAAUGGGUGCUCCGAGCCUCCAGUGUACCUCAUCUGGGAGUUGGGACAGUAAGAAGCCAACAUGUAAAGCUGCGACCUGUGGUGCCAUCAGUCACCUGCAGAAGGGCUCUGUGAGCUGUAACCACUCCCCUGCUGGACAGUUCACCUUUCAGUCCUCCUGCCAUUUCACCUGUGAGCAGGGCUUCAUGCUGCAGGGACCAGCCCAAGUUGAAUGCGCUUCACAAGGGCAGUGGACACAGCAACUCCCAACCUGUGAAGCCGUCCAAUGUUCACGACUGACGGUAUCUGAGAAGAUGAAUAUGAGCUGCAGUGGGGAGCCCGUGUUUGGCACCAUUUGUACCUUUGCGUGCCAUGAAGGGUGGACGCUCAACGGCUCUGCAGCACUGACGUGUGAUGCCAGGGGACACUGGUCCGAGAUGCUGCCCAGCUGUGAAGCUCCCGCGGAGUCCAAUGUCCCCUUGGUGGCUGGACUUUCUGCUGCUGGAACUUCCUUUUUGACACUGGCGUCCUUUCUCCUGUGGCUUCUGAAACGCCUUCGCAGGAAAGCAAAGAAAUUUGUACCUGCCAGCAGCUACCUAAGCCUGGAAUCAGACGGCAGCUACCAAACUCCUGAGUUAAUUUAA